CUCGUACUGCAACCGUGAUGGGCUGGCUCACUAACAACCUACGACAUUGAAAAAGCAAAUCCAUAAACGAAAAUGGAUACUUUCCUUGGCCCAAGUACAGCAACAUAUUCUACACUUGCCUGUUUAGGCGUACCAUGCCCCACAAUUCACGUGCCAUUUGACGAGUUUGACAAGGGUAGCAGCCCGGGCCCGUCCUCAGCUCUCAACGGGAUGCCCACGCCUACCAUACUCCGAGUCUUCCUCAACCGCAAGGCGAGGACCACACCCAGACGGCUGAGGGGUUUCUUCAGUCCUACACAGCCUCCAGGCACUAAAAUCCAUUGAUCUGCUGCCUCGUGAUACCACCCAGUCUCUCAUUUUACACUUGGGCAUUCCAGCCCGGACGGUAGGCCUCAACAGUGACGUCCCACCUCCUACCCCGGACACGGCUCGCACUGUCACUUGUGGGCCCUCGCUGCCUCUUCAGCACUGUUUGUUUGCUUGCCACCAUCUCUGUCGAGAAUCCGCAUCGCUCUGGCCCGUGGGCUGUGGGGUCAAUUGGUUGUGGAAUCCAGCCUCCCUCCUGCAGACAUCCAUUCGUUGUCGAGGCUGCUGGGUCCCUGUCAGAUCCGUUAGCAAGGACACAACAAGUAGCGAGCAGCCCACGGCUACCACCAACAGGAUCGAGAAUUCGUCUCAACUCCUUUCGGUCUCUGCCUGUUCAUGCAUUGUGCCUCUUGUCUUACCCUGUCUCUGUCUAAUCACAUCUCAUCCCUAUCAGCCCACAGCCAUGGCGCAUAUAAAGACGGACGACCCCCAGCCCGGGAGCAGGCCAUUCCAAGCCUCUGCCAUUGCAUCGACCUCAGAGAUUAACAGUGUUGCCCCUACAUCAGACAUCAACUGGAGGUCGGACUGGCGCGAGUCUACCUUGUUCACUUUCAGGACACCGGACGAGAAGAAAAACCCCACCAAAGUCGUCCCUCCUGAAACAAAGGAAACAUCACAGAGUAGUCCCUUGACACGAAUUCAAAAAUUACCUACCAGCUUUAACUUCGACUUCUCACUCCCCAAGGUCGGCAACAACAAGUCUUCCUGUGGCUCAAGCGAGUUCGGGGUCUCAUCCGACACACCAGCUUCCGAGCGAGAGACGGGCAACGCGACAGACCCAGUACCCUCCACGCACGCGACAUUAGCAGAUCUUAUGAAGAAGCAGACCAUGGACCGCCGCCGCCAGCUUCUUCACCGCAUCCAUAACAAGGAUGUUGGCGGCCUGGACGAGAUCAAGACUGCACCGCUCUUCACCGAGACCGCCCGGGCCCGAGCCGAGAGACAGGCCUCCUCAUCUGUUGCUUUUGACCAAGCCUUCUCGCAGUACGGGCUCCUCGCCGGCGACGCCAGCAGCGACAGAUCUGACGAGCUGUUCUACUACAACGUGGCCGCUCCAUCAAGCACCUUCAUCUGUGGCAGUCAAGGCUCCGGAAAGAGCCACACGCUGUCGUGCCUGCUGGAGAACAGCCUGUUCCCAUCGGUCGCUAACGAGCUGCCGCGCCCGUUGACGGGCAUUGUUUUCCACUACGAUACCUUCAUCAGUGACAGCCAGGGCAGCCCGUGCGAAGCAGCCUACCUGUCGAGCAACGCGGCCGUGCGCGUUCGCGUUCUGUGCGCGCCGACAAACCUUGUGACCAUAAGCCGGACGUACGCGGCACUUCCAAACGUGACCGUCGAGCCGCUGAGCAUCAGGGAGCGGGAUCUCACAACCAGGCGUAUGAUGGACCUCAUGGCCGUCAAGAAGGGCGAGGCGAUGCCACUCUACAUGCAUGUCGUGAACCGCGUGCUACGUGACCUACGCCUUCGACAGCAGCAGACUGGUGGGCCCUUUGACUACCGCGCUUUCAAAGCCAUGCUGGCUCGCGAGGACCUGACGGAGAGCCAGAGGGUGCCUCUCUCGCAGCGGCUCGAGACCCUCGAGUCAUUCAUGGCGCCAACGCAGGGGCCAGGCUCGACGCAAAAGAAGAAAAACAAAACAGAAGCCGCCGCGAUUCAACACCCGGGCAACGACUGGACACCGCGGGCCGGCCAGCUCACCGUGGUAGAUCUUAGCUGUCCGUGCAUCACGCCCGAGGGAGCCUGCUCUCUCUUCAACAUUUGUCUCUCCCUCUUCCUGGAGCAGGACUCACGGCGGGUGGGGCGGAUAGUGGCGCUGGACGAGGCUCACAAGUACAUGAAUGAGAGCGGCGAGGCAUCAGCCCUCACGGAGCAGCUCCUGGCGACGAUACGGCUGCAGCGGCACCUCGGGGCGCGCGUGGUGAUCUCAACACAGGAGCCCACCGUGUCGCCGCGGCUGCUGGACCUCUGCAGCGUGACGAUCGUACACAGGUUCACCUCCCCAGAGUGGCUGCGGGCGCUUCGGCGGCACCUGGCCGGGGCGGAGGAGACGGCCGGGAUGCUGGCACGUGCGGCUGGUGCUGGUGCUGGUGCUGGUGCUGGUGAUGCUGGUGGCGUGGGUGACAGCGCUGCUUCUUCUGACUCGGGGGUCGACGACGUGCUGGAGGGGGUUGUCGACGCGGUUGGGACAAUGAGCCUCAAAGAACCCAGCGCGACGGUCGGCCGUAAACAGGCGGCAGCGAACCUGUUUGCACAGAUCGUGGGGCUGCGAGUGGGCGAGGCGCUGGUGUUCUCGCCCAACGCGGUGGUGGGUGUCAGUGAGGAAGGUGUGGCGAGGAAGCUUGGCAGUGGUGUGCUCAAGGUGUGUGUGCGAAACAGGGUCACGGAGGACGGCGGGAGGAGUGUCAUGGCCGGGUAAUGUUUUUAACUGCUUCUCUCUUUUUGGAUGAUGAUGUUGUUGUUCUUCUUCUUGGCUAGCUAUGGGUUGUCAUGUUCUCUUCGAGACGGCUGGAUGGAGUCUCGAAAACUGUAUAUACUUCAGAAAGAAGUUGAGUCCCGGGGUCGUGGCCACUCAUCACAAUAUUGGUUUUGAUUUUGCUAUUGACGUUGCUGUUGAAAAAUGCACACCCCAAAAGAGAGGACCAUGCCUUAGUGUCGUGGGCUUGCGCAGGUCUGACAGGUCGAGGUCACCCGUGAUGUGGCCGUCUCGUGGUUGGCAGGUUCGAGGGCGUUGGAUGCUGUAGAAGCGCGAGGGUGUUGUUGGCGGUGGAGCAGUCGGGCAAGCAUCACGAUCUUGGCUGGUGCUGCUGUGGGCGGGAAAAGUGGAAAUGAGCAGCCCAUGCGGGCAUGCGGGCAGGCGGGCGGGCGGGCAGGGCCCCGCUGGGCGACGGAAUAGCACCGGCAAAUUCGCCAAUUACGGAUGGCAAGUAAAUAACAAAACGUGCCCAGGUGCCCAGGUGCCCAGGUGCCCAUGUCCCUGCAACCUGCAACCUGGCAAAGAAUGAUGGCAAUCUCACAGCUGCGACUGCGAGUAAU